AUGACAGAAUCACAGAAACCCCCGAUACCACCAUCGGAAGGCUCACCAGCCUCGGUUAGCGCUACUGCGGCUCCAGAUGCACAGAUUGACGCCUAUAUCGCAUGGGCACAAGCGGUUCUUUCCGACAUCGCUGGUUCUAGCAAGGCCGUACGAAGGCCAGCAGAUCUCUCAGAUGGUGUCGCCCUGUUCCAGAUCCUUGCUGAUAUCGACCCGGACCUCUUCCGCAAUCCACAUGCCGGCGACACCAAGGACAACUGGGUGCUCACCAUCGGCACUCUCAAACGACUAUACAAGCUCAUGAUGCAGUUCUACUCGCAGAGCUUGCAAUGUGCUCCGACACCGCUACCAACACCUGACCUCAACGCCAUCGCGCGAUCGUCAGACUCUGCCGAGCUGGCCAAGCUCUGCCUUCUCGCGAUCGGAAUCGCAGUACAAAGCGAAAAGAACGAAACACACAUUGCUGCCAUUCAGACGCUCGACCAGACACAUCAGCAUCAGCUCAUGAUGUCGAUCGAGCGCAUCAUGACAUUCAUUAAGCAAGGGCAGGAAGAAGAGCAGGCAGCCUCGGCAGCUGACGACUCUAUCUCGUCAUCUGUCGCCGCCGGUGCUGAAGAUGACAUUGUUGCGAAGCACGGCGAUAAGUCUGCUGCUCAACUUGCUACCCAGCUUGAAGCAGUACAAGCGGAGAAGGAUGAUAUCGAAAAGACAUACUUGCUCUUGCUCGAGAGACAUCGCAACAUUCAGAACCAAUUCGAGGAUCUGCAAACGGAAAAGGACGAGCUUGCGUCAGCACACGAAGCCUACAAGAAGAAGGUUGAAGAGGAGCGGAACGAGCAGGCUGAUGUGCUCAUGCUUCAAGAGAUCGAAAAGCUCAAGAAUGACCUCCGACACAGCGAAGAUGCCGUUGCCGAGCUCGAGACGGAUAACGAGAAGCUUCUUCAAACGGCCCAAGAGUCCAAGCGCAAGAUCGAGGAGUUGCAAAAGAGCGCAGAGGAGGCCACGAAGCUCAAGGAUCAACUUGAAGAGCAUCGCCACGCUGCAGAUCGACUGCAGAAGGCAGAAAACGCCAUCGAAAAGUACAAGAAGAAGCUCGAGGAGGGAGCCGACAUUCGACGUCAACUCAAGACCCUCGAGGAUCAGAACGCCGAGCUGGUCGAUCGCAAUGCCAAGCUCGAAGACGAGUACAAACGCGUCUCCGCUUUCAAGCCGCUCAUGGACUCGUACAAGACACAGAUCGCCGACCUCGAGUCCAAGUCUUGCAACCUGCAGCGCGAUCUCGCGACUUCCAAAUACGAACAAAAUCAAAUUCUUUCGCGGCUCAAAGCAUCAGAAGCGUCAAGAGCUUCAGAGAAGGAAGAAAUUGAACUGUAUCAGGAACGUAUCAAGGAGCUUGAGCUGGGAGGUGAUGCUGCUGGUGCGACACGCAAGAAGCUCGUCAGCCGAAACUCGAACGCCUCUGCGAAUGGAGUCGAUGGUCUUGUUGCGGCCGACGCAAGUCGGGCUAGUGCCGAAGAAGGAAAUGAUCUCGAGGAUGAAGAUUUACUGGAUAGGUCAGGCGAGCUCGAGGAUGCCCUGAGUGGCACUACCAUGACUGAUCUCAAGAUCAAAGUUCGCAAGCUGGUACGCGAGCUCGAAGCUGCAAAAGCGAACAAAGCGGACCAGUCGCGGCUGAUCGUACUCGAGAACUUGUUGGAGGAUGCGCAGCGCAUGAAAGCUCGUUACGAAGCUGAUUACUUACGGGGGCAUCGAGACAAGAUGGUGCUCCAAAACCAGCUCGAGGCGAUUCGAAGCGGCAAGUCGGAUCUAGGUGAUGGUACGGAAGCAGCCUAUGCGUUGCGACUACGACUCAAUGAGGUGGUCGAAGAGCUGGAUGGUGCGAAGCGGAGAUUGACCGAGCUGGAAGUGCAAAACGAGCAAGUGGCUCGUGAGCUCACCGUAGCCAAGUCAGACCUUACACUGGUCAACAAGGAUCAGGUGGAUAUUCUGCACUCGCUGAGAGCGUCGAUGGAAGGAGACAAGGACGAGUUGGAAGCGAAUGUCAAGAAGCUCAAGUCAGAAUUGGCUUCGGUGAGCGAGCAGAACCGCAUGUAUAUGGCCCAAGUCAACGCAUUGCUGAUGGAGAAGGUGGACUUGCAAGCUGAAGGCAUCGGACAACGCGAUGAAGCGCUCAAACGAGAACGUACACUGGGCGAGCUCAAGACACGACUCAAAGGCAAGAGUCUGCCCAAGGAAGUGGAGGAUAUGGUCGCAAGCCUGCAAAACGACGCUAUGAGCUCAUCACACGAUCUCAAAGCACUACAAGAACGCUUUGCCAAAGCGAAGACAUUCAUCAAGCAACAAGACAAGAUGAUCAAGGAGAAAGAUCGAAGCAUUGCAGCAGCAGCUGCGGCUAGUAGUCUAGCUGGCAAUGGAAACGGACUUGGUCUUCAGGGCGGUGCAGGUGAUGAAGCAAGUUCACUGAGGGAGCAGGUGCGGAACUUGAAACGCGAACAAAGACUUAUGAUGUCAGCGUAUCAAGAAUUGGGGAGGAGGUAUAUGGUGGAGUUGGAGUCUGGCAGGAAUCCGAGCGGAGGAGGUGGUGGUGGUAUUGCGGGGGCAAGAGGAGCUUCGGGAGUGUAUGCGGCUGGCGGAGUGAAAGCGCUUAGUGGGUUGACCAGUUUGAAUGCUCCUGGUAGGAGUUGGCUGGUCAAUCAGAGGAGGGUGGUGAAUCCGAGUUUGCAGCUUGCGAGUCGGAGGUAG